GAGCUCGAACCCCGACUUGAUCACCUCGCGGUAGCUACCAUUGGAUACUCGGAAGGCUCGGUCCCGACGAGAGAAUUGGAGUUUGUGUUCAUUGGAAGCCCCCGCACGAAGAAGCAUCUUUAUGCGUAGAAGCUCUCCAGGCUGCUUGCAGUUCCUCAUAUUUCCAUGGACAGCUUGGUUCGCCAAGAACUUAGCCCUCGCUCGUUCUUAUAUAGACAGCAGAAGAUUGUUGAUCAACUUGCCAUGAUCGAUCCGAUCGUGAAUUUCAGAUGCGUCAACUUUUGUUCCGUUAAAUAUCAUAUGGGUACUUCUUCUUCCCGUUCUUCCAUUCUCGUGAGAAACGAGCUUCUGUUCUACAUACCAUGGUGUAAAUCCUUAAGGCUUAUUGACGAACUAGAUUCAGAAGGUGCCUGGAAGAAAGAACUCCAAAUCUAUGCUGAGCAGGAACUACAAGAUCAAUGUUUUUGAUAUCCGAGGGUCGCACCUUAUUUAAUUCGCUAAACGCAUUAGUUGUUUACUCUAGAGUUGGACAACAGUUCUAUUUCAUAGAUUCUUAGGACCUAGAGCUUUUUGGGAAGAAGUGGAAGCUUAAAAAAUGGGGCUCUUAUUUGAGUGGAUUUACACUUUAUCAUCAAUGUCGAGAUGACAUGUCCAAAAUAUAAACCUAUCUAUUCUUAUUGGAGUUCUAAAAAA